AGAUAGGAUAAAUUAAUAGGUUUAAAUAUUAAUAAAAAUCCUCAAUAUGGAGGGUGAAUCUAAUAUUCGGGAGAAUACUUUCCAGCAGAUUCAACAUCCUUCGCAUCAGAAGGGUUUUUAUCAGCGUACUAAUGAACAAUCGUUAAGUCAAGAAACAGUCCAUUCACAGUUAGGAAAUUCGCUUGCGGAGCAGGAGGCAUUAUGGACUCUUCUGCAGCAGCAACAGAGUCAGUCUUUACAGAAUCAUCAGGGAUAUUAUUCUACGCCUAAUCUUGGAUGGUCAAAUCAAGGAUAUUCUCAGUUUCGAGCGUAUCCGCAACAAAUAGCACCAUCAUCGCGAGGAUAUUCGCAAUACGCACAAUACCCGCAUCAGAAGCAACAAUCGUAUGCAUCUUAUGCACCUCAGCAUCCAUAUUAUUCACAAGGGUUGGAUUAUGGUUAUACGCAUCAUCAUACGUUACAACAUUCAUCACCUCAUAUACAACAUUAUUUAGGGGGAAGAAUGAAUGCACAUGCGCAUUCAUUAUCAUCAAUGCGAAUGAAUAUUUCGAAAAAUAUUAUUGAUCCUACACCAGGAUAUCAAAGUGCAAUACCUAUAGUUGCAUCAUUAAGUAAUACAACAAUGGAUAUUAUAAAUGUUCCGGAGGAAAAGAAUGAAGUAUUGAACGAGGCUGCUAGUGAAGUUCGAUAUGUUAUAUCUGAAUCAUUUGAUAGAACAGUAGUUCCAUCUCUUAAAAGUUCAAUCCCACCUGGUAUAAAUCAUCAAGAAUAUACAAGAGAUUGUGUAAACGCGGCAAUUGCAUCUAGACUGUCACCAUAUCAUCUUUCUGAAUCAGAACAUUUAUUGUUAAGAACACAUCUUACUCAUCUACAAAUUACUUCAUAUUUAAAUAUUCGUAAUGCAAUUUUACGACUUUGGGUUAGAAAUCCACUGCUUUAUGUAGAUCAAUAUGAAGCACUUGGGAUUGCGCAUGAAGAACGACAUUUUAAUCUUGUAAAAGUUUGUUGGGAACUUUUAGUACGAGAAGGAUAUAUAAACUUUGGAUGCAUUAAUAUACCUAAAUCCUUGGUUACGCCCUCUGUGGGAACAAAGACGAUAGUAGUUAUUGGUGCUGGUGUAUCUGGUUUGGCAUCAGCAAGACAACUUGAAUCUCUUUUUCAGAUAUUUUCUAAUAGAUUUGAUCAUCAAAUUCCAAAAGUCGUCCUUUUAGAGGCUAGAGGACGUUUAGGGGGGCGUGUUUAUUCUCAUAAAUUGACAUCUUCGCCUACAGAAGAGGAUUUUCCAAAGGAUAAAUCUUCAACUGUAGAAUUGGGGGCGCAAAUAAUAACAGGAUUUGCCAAAGGUAAUCCAUUAUCUACACUUCUUGUUAAACAACUUGGUCUUCCGAUGCAUUUUCUUUCAGUACAUAAUAUUACUUUAUAUGAUUCUAAUGGGAAGAUGGUCUUUCCUGAUACCGAUUCUAGAGCAGAGUUAUUGUUUAAUUAUAUUUUAGAAAUAGCUAGUAAAUUCAAAUCUAAAGAAACUUCUAUAAAUGCUAAAAGAGUGCUUGAAGGCGAUAAAAAUAUGGUAGAUGCAGGGGUUGAGCCCAAAAGUGAAGGUGGGCGUGUUAUUGCAAAAAUUGAAGAUAAUGAAGCAACAAUACCAAUUAUGGAAGAUUAUUCGGAAAUAAAUUCAAAGGAUUCAAACAAACUAGAUCAAAGCUCGUCAGAAGAUCAUGAGAAGAAAAAUGAUCAUGAUUUGGUUUCUGUUUUACGGAAAAUUGGAUUUCAAAUAAAGGAAAAUGUACCAAUAGAUAUAAAUUUUGAUGAUAUUAUUUCUGAGCAGAAUCCUACCUUGGGUUAUGCUAUGUCUAAAAUUUUAUCUCAAUAUCGAUCAUUAAUAGAUUUAACUGAUCUUGAUAUGAAACUUUUAAAUUGGCAUUAUGCAAAUCUCGAAUACGCAAAUGGAACUAAUCUUUCUAACUUAUCUUUAUACCAUUGGGACCAAGAUGAUGGAAAUGAAUUUAAAGGUGCACAUGCAAUGGUUAAGGGAGGAUAUUCAACUUUGGCAUAUGCAUUAGCUUAUAUGCCUACACCUUUGGAAAUUCACUAUAAAACUAUUGUUUCUGGUAUUUCAUAUAAUGACAAAAAAGCUGUAGUAUAUUGUGAAGAUGGUACGGUAAUAGAUGCAGAUAAGGUUAUAAUAACUGUUCCUCUUGGAGUCUUAAAAAAAUCAUCAAUUCAAUUUAAUCCUCCACUUCCUGAAUGGAAAAUGCAAUCUAUAGAACGCCUUAGUUUUGGAUUAUUAAAUAAAGUAAUUUUAGUAUAUGAAAAUUCUUUUUGGGAUGUAAAUGUUGAUGUUUUUGGUUCUUUAACAGAACCGGAUAAUCAGGGAAUAUAUGAUAAAAACAGAGGUCGUUUUUAUAUAUUUUGGAAUUGCAUUAAAACUUCAGGACAACCCGUAUUACUUGCUCUUAUGGCAGGAGAUAGCGCCAUUCAAAUGGAAAACGAAACUGAUAAUGAACUCGUACAAGAAGCAACAAGAAUUCUUCAGAAUAUAUAUCCAGAUCAAAUAAUACCUUAUCCUAAAGAGACUAUUAUUACACGAUGGGGCAAAGAUAAAUUUUGUUAUGGAAGUUAUUCUUAUGUUGGCCCUGAAGCGUCUGGUAAAGAUUAUGAUAUUAUAGCAAUGCCUGUAGAAAAUACUCUUUUUUUUGCAGGAGAGGCAACAUGUAGAACGCAUCCUGCUACUGUACAUGGAGCGUAUCUUAGUGGUCUCAAAGCUGCACAAUUGGUCCUUGACUCUUUAAUUGGUCCUCUUAAAAUUCCUGCAAAUGAACUUCUCAUUCCAUUGAAGCAGAAGGGCGCAAUGGAUCCAUCAUCUAGAACUAAACGAAAGGCACAAGACGAUUAUAAAGCACAAUUAGCUGAAUUUAAAGAUGCUCAGUUAGAAAAACAUAAUAAAGAAGUUGAAAGAGUUAUUCUAGAACGAUUGGGGCCAAGACCAUCGGCACCACAACGUUCUACUGGAAAUCCUUUUCUUGUUUUUCAAAAAUCCCAGUGGAAUUAUUGCAAAAAUAUUGCUGAUAGAAAUAAACAAAAAGAGACAGGUAAUCCUCAAGCUAAAGCUACUAAAAAUGAAAUAAGAGCUACACUUGGUAAAACAUGGAGAAGUUUAACUGAUGAUGAGAAAAAGCCAUUUUUUGAUAUCGUUGCUGAAAAUAGACUAAAUUUUUCUAAUCUCAUUGAAGAAUAUAACACUAUUAUUAACGAAUAUAAUAUUAAAACUGAAGAAAUAAAGGCAGAAAUGAAAGCCAGGCUAGAUUCUAUACCAAUUUCUCAAGAAGAAUUAGAAUUAAAAAGACUUGCUAAAGAACAAGAUAUUCAAGAAAAAAAAAUUAAAGCCGAAAGAAAAAGAGAGCAAGAUUUAUUUGAAGAUGAUUCAAGUGAAUCAUUCGAUGACGAUUAUCAAGAUAAUUUACGAAAUGACCCUUCAUAUAGAGCAGCAACAUACUUAAAAAAACAUGACGGAUAUUUCAUUGUAUAACCAAACAAUAUUUUUAUGGAUUACAAACUUGACGG